AUGAGGAACUCCGUCAAGAAUAAUACAGAAUACCGGGCCAAGCAGCAACAUCUUGGAUGUGCCACACAACCUGGUUCAGCUGUUUUCUUUGAAACUGUUGAGUGCUUUCUACUGGCUGCCAUGGCCUAUGAUCAUUUUGUAGCAAUAUGUAACCCACUGCUUUAUUCAACCAAAAUGUCUACACAAGUCUGUGCUCUGUUAUUCUCUGUGGCUUAUAUAGGUGGUUUUGUCAAUGCUUUCUCCUUUACAAUUUCCUUCUUUUCUUUAUUCUUCUGUGGACCAAACAAGGUCAAUCAUUUUUUCUGUGAUUUUGCUCCUUUAAUUGAACUUCCCUGUUGUGAUGUCAGUAUCCAUGCUGUAGUCCCCUCAUGUUCUGCUGGAUUCGUCAUUGUGGUCACAGUGUUUGUCAUAGCCAUCUCGUAUAUCUACAUCCUCAUCAUCACCCUGAACAUGUGCUCUACUGAGGGCCGCCACAAGGCCUUCUCCAACUGCACCUCCCACAUCACUGCAGUCACUCUGUUCUAUGGGACCAUUACAUUCAUUUAUGUGAUGCCCAAGCCCAGCUACUCUACUGACCAGAACAAAGUGGUGUCUGUGUUCUACAUGGUGGUGAUCCCCAUGUUGAACCCCCUCAUCUAUAGUCUCAGGAAUAAUGAAAUUAAGGGGGCUCUCAAGAGAGAGCUUGGUAGGAAAAGAUUUUCUUAA